CCCAUCAUUUUCUUCCUCCGACGACACACGAAUCCAAGCGCUCUUUGAUAACAUGUCGUUUGGCAUCGAAUGCUGACAUAUUAAGUUAUUAUCAAAGUAUGCGUUAUAUUCUGUCUAAAUCGUUGUCAAACGGGAGAAAACAAGAACUGAAAUGUCAAAUGAAACAACUGUCUGACUUCCUGAAGUAACUGUGACUCCUGCUCGCACUCAGAUACCUGACCCACAUGGCCCAUCAGUACUCGUCUCUAAACUGUCCAGAGGAGAAUGACGAAACCACGAGUGAAGAUUUUGAGUCAGACCUUCACCCAGACGUCACCAAUAACCGCUCCACAACCAUGCAGAUUAUUCACCAGAGUUACCCUCAGUCUUCAGCGUACGCCCAUCAGACGCCCUUCCCCAGCUGGGACGAUCACAAGGGCUGGUUGCCCUCAGGUUCUCCUCACAGUCUUCCCUCCUGUCUUCCCUCUGCCAUCUAUCACACACUCUCAGAGACCAGCUCGUUUUUUCCCAGCAGGCCUCACUCUCUUCCAGGCAGUUGUAGCCCGAGUCUAGAGCAUCCAGGAUCUUUGCAUUCGUUUCCUCCGUCUGUGAACACACACCACUAUCCCUCGCCCUCGUACCCCGGCGCUCACAUGCAGUGUUGUGGUCCGUGUCGCCCUCCUCCACGUCACAUGACCCCCGUUCAUCAUCACUGCGGCUCCAGACCGGGUCAUCAGCUGCCCUUCAGACCCUCAGGUCUGACGCAGUAUAGACAAGUGGAUACAAGAAGUGGAUAUUUUGAAAAUGGUCAUGCAUCUCUGAACCCCAGUCAGUGUAUCACACACCUGUCACAGGAACAGAGGAAAGUUUUUGUCACAUACGAGGCCGACAGUGAAGAGCAUCUGAAGGAGAUCAUUAAGUUUGUGGCUUUGCUCAGGAACAACGGCUUUGACACGCAUAUUGAUGUUUUCGAGCAACAGCUGAACAGCAUUAGUAAGAUUGACUGCAUGGAGAGAUAUCUCAAUGAGAAAGAUUACCUAAUCAUCAUCAUCAUCAGCUUGAGGUAUUACGAGACAAUAUCAGGCAUUAAAAUCAAUAUGGACAGUGACGAGAGAACGUCAAACACGGUGUACAUCCACAAACAGCUGCAGAGUGAAUUCAUUCAGAACGGCUGCAGGAACUACAGGUUCAUUCCUAUUCUGUUCCCAGGGGCCAAAAAGAGUUACGUUCCCACCUGGCUGCAGAAUACACACAUCUACAGCUGGCCGACAGAUCGGGACGAUAUUCUCCGCAGGUUAAUGCGUUUGGAGAAAUACAGACCUCCUCCGAUCGGCCCUCUGCCGACGAUAGUCUCAGUUCCCCUGAGUUAGAGCAGCAGUGGGGCCGGUUUCACAAAGCUAGUUUAGACCGGUCUAUAGUGUUAGACAAGUCUAAAAUUUGCUCAUAGACUAGUCUAAUGCAAGUUCGACUGUUUCACAAAAAUAAAGACUGACUUAAUUUAGACCA